UGUCAUGUGGUGUUUAUGCUCCUCACAUGUUGUGCUGCUCUCAUUACGCUCCUGUCUUCAUGUUUGUACCCCUCUGUGUGAAUGUGUCCUGGACAGCAGCAGCAUCCAAUAUCACCAGUAGCUGUGAGAAUGCCCAGUGAGAUAACCAGUACAUGUGAAUCUGCAGCCACACACGCUGCCCACCAGGACGAGGAGUGUGUCUUUGAUGGCGUGUGUCACAUUUCGACCCCUCCCUGCUUCUAUAAAACACCAGUGGUCUGAGCAGCACAGUGGGGUUUGCUGACUUCCACCCGAGGGGACUUCAUCGUCAGCCCGGGCAAGACCGCCGCCGCUGGUCUUCGCAAACCACCCUAAGCAACAAACAAACAUGGCUCCUUUUGAGAAAUCCAUGGAGAUGAUGCCUUUCAAGCAGAGGAAAUGCCUUGAAACAAGAAAAGAUGAAGUCUGCACCAUUCGCACUAAAUUCCCCAACAAGCUGCCUGUGAUAGUUGAACGUUACAUCCGUGAAAAGACUCUGCCCCUGUUGGACAAAACUAAGUUCCUGGUUCCCUUCGAGCUCACCUUGGGUCAGUUCCUCUGUCUGCUCAGGAAUAAGUUUUCAUUGGAGUCCACCCAGGCUCUGUUCCUCCUGGUGGCAGAGAAGAGCAUGUCCUGCAUGUCUUCCAGCAUGGGGGAGGUGUAUUCCCACCACAGCGACACAGACGGCUUCCUCUACAUCACCUACGCCUCGCAGGAGGUGUUCGGGGCACCUCCACCCGCUGCCAGGCCGCCCUGCUGAGCCUGAAGCAGAUCAAAUGAACUGAACCAACAGAGGUGACAAGAAACAACCAAACUGGAGGGAAAAAAGAGCCAAGCAGCCACAAACUGCAUUUCAGCCUACCUCAGGAAACUUUCUGGACUUUCAAACACAGCAUAUCUCUAUUUAUUUAUGCUCCUCAGCUCACUUGACCCAUACUGGAGUGGACAACUCACCCCGAUGAUUUGUCGUAGACAAAUUGAUUGUUUGAUUGUGCCAAUCAAUCAAUGCAGAUGCGUUGUGAUCAUUCUCUGUUGCUUUAAAGAAAUUGGGAUGUUUUUUGUCUGCUUUAUGUGGUCACUGUUCAAUAAUGUCAAUAUUUGCUCAGAAACGUCGAGCUUCAAUGCAAACAAACCUGCUGUAACUUUUCUGUUAAGCCAGUUUAGAGUAAAACCAGCACCAGCUUCUCCGCUCUACACAAACAGGGUCAAUGCUGGUAACAAAACUUCUUUUCAGCACUUAGCUCCCCUUCUUCCUCUCCUUUUGUUGAUUGCAUCUUCAUCAUUGUCUUCCCUUAAAAAUGUGAAACUGUCCUGCGGACUCUCGAGGCACUCGUUGAAAACAUGUCAGCAUUGAAAACAAAUAAAUCCUUGUGCCUUCAA